AUGGCGGCAAACCACAACGACAAAGACGUACAGAGUCCCACUACUCUAGCCUCAUCUAAGAUCUCUUCAAUUCCAUCGUAUCCCCAAAUAAACUGUUCGUCUACCAAAGCACCAAAAGCUCAAACCAAAUCAAUGCCAGGGGCUUAUCCAACAUACCUUGAGAGCGAGCCCGAGUCCCAGUCCAAAGAGAUCCAGCCAACGAUCCUCACACCCGGCCCCUCUAUUCGCAAUCCCAAGACCGGGUGGGAACUCAUCUACGUUGUUCGAAGCAAGGCGUUGGAUGCCGUUUUCCAACCCAUUCUUUUCUUCGGGGUUGUCUGGUUUGCACUUAUAUAUUACAACGUGCAGGUCUCUUCCGGAGGAACUGAAAAUCCAGUCUCGGCAACGACAACGACUGUAACGUAUAUCCAAACAAUCCCGGCUGCUACUACUACGGAGACGUGUACGAUGACGGUGCUUAGUACUACCACGUGCACUGUGGAAGCAAAUCCAGCGACAGUGCUUGAUACUAUCAUAUGUACUGGAUAG